CAAGAGAGUCACAAAGAGAAGGGAUCGGAGUAGAAUGAGCACUACACUGCCUCUUCUUUCUUUUCCAGCAUUCUCCAGGAAAAAAGCAGCAUCACUACAGCCCCUAUUAGACAGGACUAUUUGUGUGUGUCUGAUCAUAGAGACGACCCACAUCCAUCUGCGUCCACUCAAGCUGUGCAGUCUGUCUACACUGAAUGACAGAGAGGGAGACAAGAAGAACCAGGGGAAAUCUGAGGGGAGGCAGAUCUAGUUUACUCUGCUGCAAGCCUGAAGAAGGGAUGGAUUUCCACACAAAGUGACCAGACAGAAGCUAAACUGCAAGUAUUAAGCCAGGAUGUCAGGAAUGGAUGUCCUGCUGGUAGACAACAACAAGACCGGAGUCACCGCAUUAGACAACGGAACUUUUCUCCGUUUCUCCCCGAUGUCUGCCUCCACGUUGGAGACCGCCUCGUCCCCGGGACGCCAGGGGAACGUUUUCGUGUACGUGUGGCUCUUCCUGGGCCUCCUGGCCUUCCUGCUGACGCUGCUCAUCAUCUCCCUGCACAGGCUGAAGAACAUCAUCUCCUCCUCCGUCCCCGACUGCGGCAGCGAGGGAGGGAGCUCCUUCACCAACAUGGAGAUCUGCAGCGUCUCGUCUCAGAGGUCAACCAUCUCCACACUUUCCACCUGAGGGAGCUCAUAGCAUGCAGACUCAUGUUGAAAUGUGCUGUUUUCUCUUUACAGGGCGAGGAUGCAUGACAGAAAAAAAUGCCACAACAUAACAUGGUGGAAUAGUAUUAUCCUCCCAUGCAUGCAUAUUUUAUUCCUGGAGGUUCAGUGAAUUUGGUGCGUAUAUACAACCUGUAUUACCACCAUGAAGAUUUUAAGAGUUGAAAGUCAACAUAACCCACUAAGCCUGACUUCAGCAUUGAAAAAUGAACCUGAUGAAUGCUUUUCCAUUGCAGGGAUGCACAAAGUGAGAGACACCUGUCUUUUUUUUUUUUACUCUUUUCAGUCAUAUUUACUUUAGAAGCUUUGUCUAUAUAUAUUGCACUGCAAAAACUAGCAUCAUAAGAAAUUAAAGAUCUCUACUUUGUAAA